AUGGAGCUGGGAGUUACCAUCAGUUGUACCAUUGGCAAGCUCUUUGUGUACUUGCUGGCUUGCGCUGCAAGUUGGGUGGGUUGUCGCAAGGAGUCGCGAGAUAAGGCGCUGAUAUCUGCCGCCAUUUUCAGUUUUCAUGUGACGGCAGCCAAUGAUUUCGUGUUUGGCUUCCCAAUCGUUCAAGCCUUCUAUCCGGACAAGGGCAUCACCAACCUGGUGGCCAAUGUUGUUGUCCAAAACGUAUUUUUCCAAGUGUGCAGCUUAUCAAUGCUUGGCAUUGGCACUGCUCAGGAGAGGCAAGCAGAGGCCUCCUUCACCUCAGCUCACACGGGAUACUCCCAUCGGAGGCAGUGCAUUCGAAUAUUGAAACAGUUAGCACAAGAUCCCCUCUUGUGUGCAAUCGCCUUUGCGGUGAUCUACAAAGCUUUCGCGAGGCUGAUUGCGCCUCAUACGCCUGGGUCGUCUGUCAUCCCGGGUCCAGUAAGCGAUGUGAUCGACUUUUUCACGAAGCCCUUUUCUACGACAGCCUUGAUGCUGACGGGUGCAAAUCUUGCAACUGCCCUUGACAGGACAGGUGGGCAUAAGAUCGAGGGAGGUAGCCUGUAUCUUGUUGGUGUUCCUAUUGCAUUGGUAGUGGCUAAAAACAUAAUUUGCCCAUAUGUGACUUUAGCUGCGUCCGAGCUCAUUUUGCCCGGGGGUGAGAACAACAAGUGGCACAACUUUGCCUUCCUAUACGGUUCGAUUCCUACUUCUUCAGCACCGAUGCUCGUGGCCAUGCGGGUUGGCCAUCAUAUUGAAGUAGUGGCGGCCGCCGUUUCCAUCGGCAUCAUGGUCGCAAUUCCGAUGUUGAUUGCAUGUGCUGUGCUUUUGGGCAGUGAUACAGUCGACGCUGCACGCGUGGAGACUGAGCUUUACAACAGCCAAGUGGCUGCGCUCGUCGUCUCGCUGUUAACGACAGCAGGUGCGCUGCUGCUGUUCCGGCUUCAUGACAAGACAUCUCCCUGGUGGGCAUUCCCUCACGUCAUCCUUGUGUGGUACGGUGGCGCGUGCUUCCUGCAUGCCGCAUGCAACCUGGCCACUUCAAUUGCUCUACCGGUGUGCGACUUGCUCAGUGCCCGGAUCAUGGCCUAUUGCGAGGUUCAGAGCUACAUUUUGAUAGCUUUGAUGGCACUUUUCAGUGUUUUGGACUUUCGGUCAAGCAGCCUUGCCAAGUACAUGUUGUGGAUCGCCAUCCUUGCACCAGUGCCAUGCUGUGUCUGGGUGCCCACUCCAAAAGUCAACAGAAGCUGUAUUCUUGGUGUGGGGGAAGCCAGUGGCUUCAAUUUGUCUGUCAGUGUUGUGGGCUUCGUGGUCAUUUCGGUGCUGAUCAUUGCGGGGAUUCUUCUGCAAAGGGGAAGGUCUUCAACUAUAGACACGCGCCUGACCGAACUCAAUCCUGCCCUCCAAGACCCGCUGUCCCCGGAGUCCCCGUUGGACUCGCCCCUGAACGCCAAUACCUUGGUGGAGUUUGAACCAGACUCACCCAUCCGCUAUGACCACCGCAGCCCAACGUCCAGACGGGGAACUAUCGACCAGACUUUGCAGGACAUGAACGUGACGGGUUCCUUUGUGCAACAGAUGUCGACUAUGAGUGCUGGGAGACAGCCAACCCUGGAAGAGUCGAUGCAUGGCACCUUUGCCAGAAGUGACAUGGCUGGAUCCUUCGUGGACAGCAACAGCAACCUCAAGUUUGCAGUUCUCGUAAUCGCUGCCAAAGCUCUUGUGGUCUUGGCCAUCUCAACACUCGUGCGAUCUGUUCUGCUUAUCCAGAGGCAGCUGCACCAGGACCUUGAAUCCUCUUUGGUGCUUGGGCUCCUUGUGGAGCUCUUGUUCGAACACUCCGAGGGGUUGUUCCUGCUUCUGGUCGUCCUGAGCUUCUUUGAUACGUCCUGUUCCAAGAUGGCACGCAAACUGCGGCAUCGACGUCAAAUCAUCCUGGCUAGGCUUCCCAUCCGGAGUCGGCAAACAUCCGAAGUCGCUCCAAGAUAG